AUGGGGGCGGCUUCGAUGACGGUCGGUGGUGCGCGCGCGGGCGCGGUGGGCGCGCGCGUGGAUCGCGAACGGGUGCACCGCGGUGGCGCCGUGCGCGCGCGGCGGGGCGAACGCGUGCGCGCGUGCGCGAAACGACCGGCGCCGGGCGGGCGAUUGUAUAACUUCUCCGCGGGACCGGCGACGUUGCCGAUCGAUGUUCUGGAGGAGGUGCAGCGCGAUCUGGUGGAUUAUAAGGGCAGCGGUAUGAGCGUGCUGGAGAUGUCGCACCGCGGGAAAGAUUACAUGGCGAUCGCGGCGAAGGCGGAGGCUGAUCUGCGAACGCUGGUGGGGAUCCCCGACAACUACAAGGUGCUGUUUCUGCAAGGUGGAGCGUCGACGAUGAUGGCGUCGAACUGCCACAACCUGGCGGGGGCGACGGAUAGCGCGGAUUUCGUCGUCACGGGCGCGUGGAGCGUCAAGGCGCAAAAGGAAGGCGCGAAGAUGCUCGCGAACGCGAACAUCUGCGCGACUUCCAAGGAUCAAAAGUUCACGACGAUCCCGGAUGUUUCUACGUGGAACCUCACCGAGGGCUCGAAGUUCGUGCACAUUUGCUCCAACGAGACCAUCGGCGGCGUCGAGUUCAAGGAGGUGCCCGACGUCGGUGGUCGCACGCUCGUGGCGGACAUGUCGUCCAACUACUUGUCCAAGCCGAUCGACGUGAGUAAGUACGGCGUCAUCUAUGGUGGUGUUCAAAAGAACAUCGGCCCGGCGGGUCUCGGCAUUUGUAUCGUUCGCGAUGACCUGAUUGGCAACGUUCGUCCGGACACGCCGUCCAUGUUUGACUACAAGCUCAUGGCUGACAACGACUCGAUGUACAACACUCCAUCGUGCUUCACUUGGUACGUCUCCGGCCUUGUCUUCGCCAAGCUCAUCAAAGAUGGUGGCCUUGAAGCGAUGGAGCAGCGCAACAUCGAAAAGGCGAACGUCUUGUACAACGCCAUCGACUCCAGCGGCGGCUACUAUGUCAACCCGGUGGACAAGAAGUACCGUUCUCUCAUGAACGUUCCGUUCACCCUCGCCGGCGGCGAAGAAUUGGAAAAGAAGUUCCUCGCGGAAGCUAAGGAAGAGGGUUUCGAAGCGCUCAAGGGCCACCGCUCCGUCGGCGGUGCUCGCGCGUCCAUCUACAACGCCAUGCCAAAGGAAGGCGUCGAGGCGCUCGUGUCCUUCAUGAAGGACUUCCAAGCCCGCAACGCAUAA